GACUUGACAUUGCAAUGUUGUCGUAAGCCAUAGGUUGACAUCUUGCAAUUUCAAUGGAUAACCACAGAUGAGAUGGAUGAGGGAAACCUACUGAUGGAUGGUUACAGUUUAUCUAUGCCUGGCCCUCACUCACCGGACUACCAUGCCUCCCCAAUGUCAGAACUCGCCAACUUCUUUACGGGACUCAGCGCCUUUCACACAGGUGACACUCCUCGGAGAUGUCUGGACCUGUCCAACCUCAGCACUGGGAGUGUAGACGAUGCCGCUACACAGGGAUCACCACACAAAGACAAGCCUACUUCUCCAGUGGCCUUGGACUCUCCUGCACCAAGUCGCAUGAAGACGUUGCAGUCCUUCCUGCCCAGGUUGCUGUGUAGCAGUCCAAAGCUUCACCCCAGUGAACGUCCAUUCAGUAACAAGGAGAAUGUGGCCCCAGGGCAGAGAGCGCAGGGCAAGCCAGAGUGUUUGCUGCCUGCUCCAGACUCCCAGCUCCAAGGUGAUGGUGAGCCCUGUGCCCUGGGGAGCCCCAUCUUCCCUGCACCUCCCUCCCGAACCCAGCACUCCCCAGGGGAUGUAGAUGGAUUCAUGGAAAUCCUGGAGCAGGAAGCUGAUGAGGGUUCUAUUGCUGUCGCCAUGUCAUGUAGCAUGGCACAGUUGCUGUCUGAACCCCUCAUGAACCAGGAAGUGGAUCUCUCCUCUGUUUCAGUGUGUCGCCAGGGGGGACGCCGUCUCUUCCGAUCUCCUUCCAUGCCAGAGCGGUUGGCACGUCCACUGAAACGCACCUCCCCCUCCCCAGCCAAUCCCCGGCCACUCAAACGACACUGCACCUUCUCCGCCGUCUCAGAGGAGGUGGGAGAGGGAGACCAAGGGGCUGGAAUCAACAAUGAUAGGAGGGUAACGCAGCACCUGCAUAAGAGGACCCACUCUUUGUGUGACGUGGAGCAGCAGCUGGGUGGGGAUGGGAUCAAUGCAGAACUCAUUGGAGACUUCAGCAAGGUGCAUGCCCUACCCACUGUGACAGGGAGACAUCAAGGCUUGAAGUACAUCACGGUUGACACAAUGAGUGCUCUUCUGGAAGGGAAGUUCAGCUGUUUGGUUGAGUCUUUUGUUGUGGUGGACUGCCGCUACCCAUAUGAGUAUCAGGGAGGACACAUUAAGGGUGCGCUGAGCCUUCCCAACACAGACAAGGCAGUGGAUCAACUGCUAUCCCAGAGGCUAAAAGCCCACUCUCCUUAUAAGAGGCUUGUGCUAGUGCUGCACUGUGAAUUCUCCUCUGAAAGAGCACCCAGAACGUGUCACCUCCUGCGCAGUGUGGACCGCAGUAUGAACGAGUACCCAGCCCUGCACUACCCUGAGCUCUAUGUCCUCAAGGGUGGCUACAGAGACUUCUACCACUCUCACCAGGAGCACUGUGAGCCCCAGUCCUACUGCCCCAUGCACCACGAGGACCACAGAGAGGAGCUUCUGCGGUGCCGCACACACGGCAGGGCCUUGGCCGAGGAGCGCCGCAGACGCCACCACAUUCAAACUCUCGUCAAACUCAAACUCUGAGGCAGUCAUGUUGGGGUGGGGGGGGGCAGGAGAAGAACAGCCACUCAGAGUGACAGCUGAGUCCAAACGGUGACCUAGAGAUUGUCAAUUUAAUUAUCUUUGUCAAAAGAACGUAUGUGAUAACAAAUUGGCCUUUUGUUGUUUGAUAGCUUUCCAAAUAUAACCUUUUUCAUAUGCUGCCAUGGAAACUGUGCAUAUGUGAUCACUGCUGCCUAGUUUUGUCUAUUUUCUUUGGAUGGCCAUGAAUAAUAACACUGUCCACGCAUAUUCAUUACUGCCUGCCAGUUGAACAGGAUAUGUAAUCCACUAAUCUCACUGUAGUGUCUUUUAAUUACAGUAGAGUCCACCGGUUAAGGGUUUUCAUUUUUCAGCUUUUGAUAUUGCCUUAAUUUCAUUUCCACAUUGUAGAGCAGAAAGGGUGGCAUUAUUUUCAGUGUCAAUCAUGGAUAUAUAUUUUGUAUUAUUAUUGGGGAUCAUGAAUCAUGAUUUUAUUUUAACUGUUCUGAAAACACUUUUUUUUACCAGGGUGAAUGACCUUGGAGUUUAGGUUUAAUAUUUGUUAAAUAACUCAGUUUUUAAUGUUUUGAUUGUCAGGUAGUUGAAAAUGAAUUGCUGCAUUAACAAUGAUGUAUAAUUAAAUAACACAACAAAAUGUAACUAUUUUAAUGGGUAUCAUAUGAAAUGGUCCCUGGACUGUAGAAACCAUAACAUAAUGGAGAAAAAUCUUGAGUGGUAUUUUAGAAGAGGCUUUGUUGUGAAUAUGCUUAGUCCUGAUCCCUCCCUGCCAGUGCUGCAGGUGUGUCUAGUUUGCAGCUGUGAUUCCUCCCCCAACACAGCUGGGUUAACUCUAUGCCCCUCUCUGUUAAAAGCCCCUCCCCCUCUUCUUUGCACAGCAGCUGUAAUGCGGAACUGUGGGAUUUCACAGGCCCCAGAAAGUGGGAUCUGGCUAUGCUGAAAGCGGAUAGGGUGGGAAUGGCCAUGGUUCAGACUUCAGACCUGUCCCAGGAGGAAUGAAGUGGUGCUGGCUGUUGGAGUGGUGGGCCUUUUGGCAGUCAGAACUUUUUGUGGGUUUUUAAUACCACCUAUGGGGCUGCCUACAUACUCUGAUCCCUGAUUGCUGCCAAAAGUCACUGGCAGCAACAACUCCGAGUCCCAGGCUAGGCAGUGAGAGGACGGCCAUGUUGAGUGGGGAGAUGAGGAUAUUGGUGGAAAGGAUUGUGAAUUAAGAAAUCACAUGUUAUCAACCUUUAUGUCCAAUUGGGGGUCUCAAGAUGCAGCUUUCAAAAGCCACCUGCUCAACAAAAUCAUCCUGUAGGCUACCAUGACUGUCUAUUAGUGCAUUUUGGCAUCGUGUAAUGUAUGGAAUAUACAAGCUGAGUUCCAAUGGAUUUUGAGAGUUGCUUAAUCCCUGGUCCACAUGCCCUGCAGUCCAGAAUGGAGCAGUAGGGAAAGUGAAGUGAUCCAUUCCAUUUUAUUAAAGUGGCAUUAUUACUGUGGCGGUGAUGGAGCGAUUAGUUGUUGUCCAUCAGCACAAUAUGCAGGAAGUCCAGUUGAAAAGCCCAACUGCUAACAGUGAGAGGAAAUCCAACCUAAUAGCUGACUACAAUUUGCUAGUUUUUUUCUUUUUUUUCUGCAGGGUCUAAUUACAUUUCAAUAGAGAAGGCCAUCAUGUUUGUAAUAAUUGUAGACAUCCCGUAUGUACGAUUUUACUAUGGCCUCUGCCAAGAGGUUCAAGCCCUGCUCUUGCUGUUACACCUCAAUCACUAGUUGAUUGGUGGCAGUGGUGUGAUAAUCCUGUAUGGUAGUUCCACCUCAAAAAGCACAAGAAAAAGUAUUUACACACCCUU